ACAUGGUGCCUCGGCAUUUAGUCAUUUUGCGCACGUAGCUUCGUACCCGCCUCAGUGUCGAGUUUGACUGUCUUCUGGUCGCAAGUCUGCACGUGUUCGCCAAUAAACUGAGGACUUUGGAUAAUUUCACCACAGUUUGGAGUCUUUUCGGAUUACCCGGUUUGUUUCGACGCGUACAGUUUGUAGCCACUGUAGUCACUGUACGCAUGUCACGAUGAUUAGAAGAUGAGAAACGUGUUUGUUUGUGUUAGCUAACAGCAGGGGCUGGGUAGCUAACGUUAGCAGAGCCGGAAAACAACGUGAGAGAGUGAGGAGACAGUGACACCCAUACCAUUAAUGAGUUAUUUCGAUUCACGAAUGACACGUAAAAUGGAUUACCAGUUUCCACAGCAGCUUUUUCCUUCUUUUUACAACUGCGGACCGCCGGACUUGGCCCUGGAAUCCCACGUUGGAAAGUGGGGCUCCUACGACCGAGUCAGACCGCAGGGCGGCUCUGGUCCUCUCUCCAGCUGGACGUUCACAUCCAGACAUCAGGUCAGAGGGGAGACAUGGCGUCACACUGAGCCGGUACCGGUUCCUCUCCUCUCCCCUAAAAACUCUGUCCUUCAGCCUUCGACUCCUCCAGAUCCACUAGACUUCAGAGAACAUAUGCAGAACUUCUUCCUGGAUCACUGCCAGGACGCCUUCGGAUGCAUGAGUGAAAUUCUGGGUGAAAACUUCAACUUCAGACAAAGAGUGAAAAGGACAGCUCGGAGGGAUUCAGUCAACAUGUGGAAGGUGAAAAACUCCCUGGACUUGCUGAAGUUUAAAAUGUGUCGGCGGUCGUAUUCCUCCAGGAACUCGCUGGACAAGUACAGCACCCUGCUGUCAGAUGUGGUGCACAAUGUCCCUCCUGAGCUGCUGGGUACCCUGCUGUACGAGGAGCUGACGGAGCAGAGGGACCGCCUGCUGUUCUCUGAAGGAGCCACAGGAGGCGCUCUGGCCUUUGUCCCCUUCUCACAGAGUGACAGCAGCUCUCAGGGGGGCUGCCUCCUCUACCCCGGGAACCAGGGAAUGGACCGUCUCAACUUCCACAGAGUGGAGCAGCAACACAGAGGAAGUUCUUCCUGUUUGGAUGCUAGCAGCAGUGACCCAUUCAGCUUCCAGCUGAAAGGCCCCAUCAGACAGAUCAGCUCCGCCUCCCUGUUCAACGAUUGUUGUGUUGCCGUGCGGUUGGAUCACCUGUGUGGAGUUUGGAGGUUCAGUGAAAGAAACGAACCUCGUCUGCUGCAAGUCGUCAACACCAGAGAGGUCGCGACCUGCAUCAGCACCAGUCCUCAUGUUUUAGGUGAAGUUCUGGUGGCGAGUGAGAGCGGAGCAGCAAAGCUGUGGACUGUUGGCAGAGGGAUGCAGAAGGUUCGAGAGGAAGACAGCAACCUGUACUUCAAUGCCAAGUCGUCGUGGCGAUGGUGCGAGUUCUCCGCCCACCCGAGGGUGAUGCUGUACGCAGAUAGGACGGGGGUUGAGCUCACAGACAUCAGGGUGAAUCCUGUCCUCAGUCACACUCUGUUUCGUAUCAGCAGCACCUCAGAGUGUCGCAGUGGGGAGAGACUCAUUCUGUCCCGAUAUCUGGGAGACGUCCACUCCUUCCACCACCUCAUCACCACUCAGUACUCAGCCUACAUCAUGGAUGAGCGUUUCCCCACUGUGCCCAUGCUCAAGUGGGAUCACAUGAUGCAGUUCCCACCCAUGUUUUGUCACGUUGUUCCUGGCUCCACCUCCUCUGGCUCAGUAGUUGGCGGGGAUAGGACCACAAAGGUCCUGUUGGGCUCCCACAGUUCUCAGGAAAUCACACUGUUGCAGUACUCAGGAGGAAGAGCAGAGGCCUGUUUCAGUCGAGGUCCUCCUCAGUCUCUGCUCAGACCCAGAGACAGUCUGAAACACCUUCCUGUGCAGAUCCCUCAUCGCCUGGACACCGCAACCAACAGAUUGUCCUCGCCUGCCGCAGGUCUGACUUGUAUCCAUACGAAAAGAGGAAAAGAAGCAGGUGGUGGGGAGUCUAUGUGCAUCCUGCAGCUGACAGAGGCAGGAGAUAUUUUCUACCAGAUCCUGGAGCCUGAGCAGGCGGAUGCUUCUCCACCUCCUGCAGCAGAGGAUGAACAGCUGCCACAACAGGCAGCCAAAAAACUGCUACAACCAAUGCCGAAAGAAGCCACAACAUCAGGGAGAAAAACCGCAACAUCAGGGACGGAAAGGCUUCAGCCAGACUCUCAGCUAGUUAUAUCAGACACGUCGAGCGAUGAGGGCAUAAUCGAGCCAACUCAGCAGCUGACUGCGCAGAGGCAUGUGGCUGAAACACCAGAGAGGGUACAACAAGCACAGAACAUGUACUCUGACUCUUCCUCCGAGGAUUCAGAUUCAGUUAGGAGGUGUCGAAAGCUGAAGCGCUUGUUGCUGCAGGUCGUCGUCAACGAUCCCGAGCUGGAUCAAGUGAAUGGAUUGGAAGCAGGUGUGAAGGAUGGAAAGGUGGGUAAAAAUAACACUGACAGUGCUGAGGAAGCCAGCGCUGUGGGGGAAGCGAUCAGCGGCUCCAGCAGCUUGGGUUGCGUUGGUCCCUGUAGGUGGCAGGCCCCGGCAAAGCUCAGUGACAGCACUCUUGCCACGUGGAAGCUUUGGCUUCAGAAAAUGGUGAAAAAGAGUCGUGAAAAGAAACCCCGCCCACAUUGCCUACAGCACCUCACAAUCAAAACUGAAGGCCUCCUCCACCUGACAGAUGAUGUAGCGAUGAAUAUGACAGAAGAGGAUCAUGUACAAAGCCUGAGGCGUGAUCUGAGGGCGUGCAUGUCCAAGCGCUCGCUGCUGGUUCACAGCGCUGUCUCAGACUCCCUCGGGCCACCAGAUGUGGUACCGCUGCCAAACCUGGUGGACACAGAUGUCUGGACAGAUCAGCUCAGCCACCGCCUGACUCUGUCCUGGCAUGGGGAGAAGGCGUGGCGGGAGUGGUGGGAGGACCAUCUGGGACUGAACAGGGAGGAGAGGGUGGAGGCUCUAAGGAGGAAGAGGAGGAGGGAGAAGGUGGCGAGGAGAGCUGCCGGCCGGUGCCUUGAGCUGUCCGGGAGCUUCACCUCAUCUGUCAGCUACCAGUCGGAGAUGGAAGAUUUUUCUGAUUCGACGGGCUGGUCCUCUGCAGCGAGCCAGGCCGCAAGGUCAGACACUGAAGAUUUGGGAUCCCAGUUGGAGGACUUUUGGAAGCCUAGGACACCAAGAGCCGCGACACCCUCCACCAUGCAAACAGACACUCCAGUUCGCACGCCGACCGCCACGCCUCAAAGUGUUAUGGAUAAAAGAGGAGACCAGCAGACUCCCAGCAGCUCCCGCACCCUCUCCCUGUCCCAGACACCAAAACCUGACUCCACACCGACCAGUCAGAGGAGGGACAAGCGACCAGCCAAGGACUACCUCAGCUCUCUGUUUGCACCACAGGAUGAGUCCUUGCAGCAUGACAGUUACUUCCUGGAUGAGGGGAGCACCGAGCGCCCUCCACCAUCACCACCUGUGGCCUCCUCCUCACAGCUUCGCAGUUCCCAGUCUGUCUCUCAGAGGAGCCUCAGGGGGGAUCUGUCCCAGGACACCUCCUUCUGGUCAGGCUUCUCCCAGUCCCUGUCCCAGAGUUCACAGGGUCGACUGGGGCUGUCGCAACCCAAGAAGAAGAAGUCACGGAUGGGCUUUUGAUUGAGUGGCCGGUCUGUCUGUCACACAGUGGGGGUGUGCAUCGUUUGGAAUACCCCUUGUGUUAUGUAACAACUCAGCCGGCCAGCCUCAAUAUAAAUAGAGCAAACAUGCAAACUGGAUCUAAUCAAAGAGGAUAAACUUACUGCAUGUUGGAAAAGACUCCAUCACAGUGAUCAUCAAGUCAUCUGGAGGCUGAAGAACAUGGACUGCAGACUGGUUCGGUAGGACUGAACUGAAUUUAUUAUCUUUGUUUUGCAGUCGUGUCGUUUCUUUGCCAUGGUAGUGUGUGUGUGUGUGUGUGUGUGUGUGUGUGUGUGUGUGUGUGUGUGUGUGUGUGUGUGUGUGUGUGUGUCUGUGUGUGUGUGUGUCUGUGUGUCUGUGUGUGUGUGUGUCUGUGUGCGUGACGUAAUAUAAGGAACAAAGGAAUGUCAAACGAGCUGAGCCGUCACUCGGGCUGCUGGAUUAAUUUUUUGCUUUUCAUGAAGGCGUUCACUGCAGGUGACUGUGCUGAUGAUUCACUCUGUUUUGACCAGUUUCUGUUUGACUGCUUUGUUUUCCUUUCAUAACGCCGUCACAGAGGUGAGGUCUGCUGGGCUGUUCUUCACGCUUCAUUGACACUUUUAGGGUCUGCGGACAAAACUGAAAAGAACUGAGGAGGAUUUGAGUUCACAUAAAUCAGUUCAAGUUAAAAGUAGCAACGUGAAACAAUGAUGAAUAUUAAAUGAUAAGAAAAGAAACUGCUCUUAUUUGUUGGAAAUGAAAAGACUCUUUCAUCCUGUUCCUGGCAGUGUGAAAACAUCACUUGUGUGCUGUGAAAAAAAAGUUAUUUAUGAAACCUCCUUUCCAACUCAGCUUUUCUUAACAAAACUGAACUGAUUUGUCAAUAAAAACAUAACUUAAAGAAGACUUGGGUCCUCACUGAAACAUGAUAAAGCUUUACAGCCAGUAUUCUCAAAGACAAAAAAGGACCACAUGGAAAGGCUCAGGAUUAAGUCUGUUAUUAAAGUCAAGUCAUAAUUGUACAAUUAAAAAAUUUAAUAUUUCCCAAAUAAAGACGUACUUUUACAAAGAAAUCAUAUUUCAAGUCGUGAGCCGAGUGACCUCGGCUGUAUUCAUUUAAACACUCCUCUGAAUAAAGUAGCUUGUGACUGGCGAGGAGGAGCUCCUCAGCGUGAGGAGUUGGAGGUAGACCAGAGGACUCUGCUCACAGUAAUGUGUUGCAGGGAGAGCUCCCCGCCAUGUCAGCGUCUUUU